AUGUCGGUAGGCCCAAAGCACAAAUCGCAUCUAAUCUUCCAGAAGAAGAAGAAACAGUGGAUGCUCGUGACUGGCAAAUGGCUUAAAGAACAUCGAGAGUCACGAAUUGCGCUCCUGAAAGUCAUGAAAAAGGCUGGUGUCGGCGACGAGAAUUACAUGGCCAGGAACAUGGCAAUGGUGAAAUACUUGCAGGAGCAUGGCAACGACCUAGUACGGUCGGGUGAACAUGCAUUGUUCCUGGCUCUUGAGGAGGAAAAAUUGGGCCUUGUUGAGGAUGAAGAAAGCGAUACUAGUCCAGUUGCUUCGGCGUGUUUUGCACCGGUGGCGAAAGCCGCGGCGAAUCCACUGCGACAAUUAGACCCCAUUUUGGAGUGGGCACGAACUUACACGAUUAUUUGGAUAUGCAUAACAGCGAAAAGGGUCGCUGGUAUUACCUGGGCCAUUUGGGAAGUCAUGACACGAGUCGCGCGCAUCAAAAGUCUAAAAACAUGA